AUGUACAUACCACAUGAUAUACUUAUGUUUGCUCUAUUGUCUGCUGCAAAAAUCCCAAUGUCCCCUGUGAAUGAUGGAAAUCAUAUCCAUAACAAAAGAAAGCAGGGUCCUUUUUAUCUAUGCAAAGAAAUAUGGCGUUGUGGACGUAAAAUUAUUCCUCUAUUCGCUCUCAGCUUAUUUAAGUUUCUUGAUUUUAUUAAUUUCACACUUCUAAAAUCCAUUCACCUUCACCAAUCUAAUUAUCUCAAAAAAAUGAUUUUUAAGGUCCUAAAAGUUAACUUUUUGCUAAGUUGUUUUUUAAAAGAAAGUGGUAUAUUUCACAGUACCACAUCAGACGCCUCUGUAAAUACAAUUAAGGCUGAAUUAAGUUUGAAUGUCGCUUUUAUGUUAUUGCGACUUCACUCAUGGCAUUCUAACUAA